UUCCGCUGUUUUUUUUCGGCAAAAUUAUCCACACCCAACGCCGCGCUAUGCAUUCUGGGAUAUGUUGGGCCAUGAAGUCUACACAGCCACAUCCUUCAAAUUCAGGGAAAUGAAGGACGCAUUUGUGGGCCACAUUUCGAGCAGCCUUUGAAUUGAAACUUAAAAUGCGGCCUUUAAGGCUGCAGACCCUGAAUUGGGAUACAGCCCCUGUUGCUCUCCCCUGUCUGUGUUCUCUGUCAAAUCCCUGUGUGAAGCCAUGUCUCUGAGUCUGUCUCUGUGAUUUUGUGUUUCCUGCUUUACUUUCAAGGUCUUUGUCUCAUGUCAGUGUUUUCAGUUUUGCUUCCUUGGUCUCGUUAGCCCUGAUGUCUCCCACCAGUGUUCACCUCCUGCCUCUCAUUCCCCUCGUUAUGUCCUGUGUAUUUUAGCCCUGUAUUUUCUGUGCUCCCUGUCGCGUCGUAAACGGCACUAAUCCUGUGCUGUGUGUCUCCCCGUGGAUUAGUUUUGUAUUGCCUUUUAUUUUCCAACCAGCAAUAAAGCUGCCGUUUUUGAGUUUCACUCCAGUCUUCCGAGAGUCUGCAUUUUGGGUCCUUUUCCUCGUUCCUGCCUGCACACAGCUGAACUAUGACAUUUAGCACUAUGGGGGCGCUAAUGUACAUCUACGCUGGUUGCCAACCACCAUGAACAUUUAAAGAGCAGAAGAAGAAGAAGAGGCCACUAAAGAGUUCAGGUGCACGACAUGAGGAUUUAAUGAGACAGCUUUUAUCUUACUGCUUUCGUGGAAGAUCAGGGGAUGGCGGCAACAAGGCCACGGAGAGCUAAAAUAAAUCCCAGACAAGAUGCUAGUUAUUACUGCUCCUUAGGUGAAGACAAGGCAGGAUUUGAUGUGAGGUAUAUUGAUUCAUUUAAAGGUCGCGGUGUGUUCAGCUGUCGGUCAUUUCAAAAGGGAGAUUUUCUUUUUGAGUACAGAGGACAAAUCAUAACUAAAGAGGAACAAGAAAACCGAAUGAAACUUUACCAUGAUGCACUCAAGGUUUUCAUAUUUGAUUUCAAGUUCAAUGGAAAACAGUUAUGUGUUGAUGCUGCCAGAGAGGACGGCUCACUUGGCAGACUUGUAAAUGACGAUAAUGUGAAUCCAAACAGUAAAAUGACAGUUACCAGAGUGGAUGGAAGGCCCCAUCUCUGUUUGUUUGCAAUCAAAGAUAUUGGUCCAGGAGAAGAAAUCACCUAUAACUAUGGUGAUUCCAACUGGCCAUGGAGAAGCAAGAAAUCCAACAUGGUGGCAUCUCAGGCUGUGGAUGAGAAUGCAGCCAGUUCCUCUCCUAACGACGCAACAAAGAAAUCCAACAUGGUGGCAUCUCAGGCUGUGGAUGAGAAUGCAGCCAGUUCCUCUCCUAACGACGCAACAAAGAAAUCCAACAUGGUGGCAUCUCAGGCUGUGGAUGAGAAUGCAGCCAGUUCCUCUCCUAACGAAGCAACAAAGAAAUCCAACAUGGUGGCAUCUCAGGCUGUGGAUGAGAAUGCAGCCAGUUCCUCUCCUAACGACGCAACAAAGAAAUCCAACAUGGUGCCAUCUCAGGCUGUGGAUGAGAAUGCAGCCAGUUCCUCUCCUAACGACGCAACAAAGAAAUCCAACAUGGUGGCAUCUCAGGCUGUGGAUGAGAAUGCAGCCAGUUCCUCUCCUAACGACUCAACAAAGGACUGCGAUCAUGAUCUAGUCCCUGACGAAAUGUCAAGUUUAGAAAAAUGUUUUGCAUGUGGAGGACCUUUUUCGCCUCUGAAAUGGAGUGGUGUGAGAUGUGAAGCACAAAGUAAAAAUGGAGCGGGUAAGGUCAUUGAACCCAACAGAAUACUAAACAAGGAGAUGAAGCCAAGCAGUAAGAAGAAAACAAAUAAACAAUCUGCUUCUCUGGAAAAUGCAAGGAGGGUCAAAAAGCAUCCUUGGUCUCCCACGGAGGUUGCUGCGAUAAUGAAGUAUUUUGGCGAACAUAUCAAAAAGGAAAACUGGCCACUAUUAUCGAAUGCCAGCAAUGCAAAACUGCAGAAGAUCCUGCUCUGGCUGGUCGUUCUAUUCAAAACAUCAGAGAUUUUGUGAGGAAUCGGGGCGUGUCGUUGAAGAAAAAAGAAAAUCCUAUGUAGAGGAGUCUACAUAACUCCAAAGUACUUCUUGGAGGAGUUACAAAAGAUAUUUUGUAUGUUUUGGUUUCUCAUUUAUUUAUUUUAGAAUUUUACUAUUAGAAGAUUGGUAAAUUCAUUUUGUUGACACUGUUUUAGUGCAUCUGAUCUAAGAGGACAUAUAAUUUUAUAUUGCCAGUUAUUUUCAUUUCUGUUAACAAAACAAUCCUGUUUUUGUAAAAUGCACUCAAUUUGUUCCUUUUAUUCACCUGUUGCCCUUUUAAUACACACAAAACACAUGUUUGUGUAUGUGUAUGGCCUUUGUCCUGUUAAUAAAGUUAGCCCUGACAAUUACUGUUCAUGUCAGGGGGAGGAGCCAAGUUA